ACAUACAUCCGUACAUACGAAGAUACGUAUGACAAUUCAAAAACAUGGCUACCAUGUGAAAAAUAAAUUAGUUACACUACAGUUUAUAAACAAGUUUCUAUUUAGUUUUUACGAUAAUUUUGUUUCGUGCUACCGACGAAACUGAUCUGCCGUGAGAAAAACACAGUUCUUCGAUGAAACUUGCAAGAGGUUGGCGCGGUUUUCGCAAGUGAAACAUUCGUUUCAUCACUGUAAUAGUUACAGCUACAUUUUAAUAUCUAUUCAGUAAUCUAACGGAUUUCUAGAGAAUAAAAGUACAUCUACGUGUUAGCGUUCUACAUGGUUGUGAAACAACAUACAUAGUUUUCGAGCGAAUAUUAAAUAAUGGUAACCUUACUUUACAAUCUAGAGAAAGUUAGAACAAGUAACACAGAAAAAUAAUACUUGCAAUACGUACACUUUGUACCAAUCAGUCCAAGAAUUAAAGAUGUGAACUAGUUUCACGAUUAUAAACUGUUAUGUAUAACCUAAAAGAAGCAGACUGUUCGAUGUUUUGACUGUUCAACUUAACCUAUUUUCUAGACAUAUAUGUGUACAGUUAUACAUAUCGGCAAGUAAACAACUAUAUAUUCAGAAUUUAUAAAAAUUUCUGUUAAGGUUGUUAACUGAUGGAGAAGAAAUUAUACUUUUCAAGUUUUGAAAUUGACAUUUGUAUUGAAGAAUAAAUUUAUACCAAAUCAGUUUUAUAAGAAGACUGUAUUAUGUUAAAACAUUAAAUAAAGCAACUCAUGCGAGGAAGUUUCUAUGCAUAAUAUUGUACUAUACAAUUCAUAAAUUGACCUCAAUGGAUUCCGCUGAUUUUGAUGCAAUUAUACGACAUCCAAGAACUAUCAUUCACAUAGAUGUUGAUUGUUUCUAUGCUCAAGUGGAGAUGUUAAGACAUCCAGAAUUUGAAGGUAAACCUUUGGGAGUACAACAAAAGAAUAUAGUAGUAACCAGCAACUAUUUGGCACGUGAAUACGGUAUCAAAAAGUGUAUGUCGGUUCAAGAAGCUUUAAAGUUAUGUCCAGGUUUGAACUUAGUAAAUGGCGAAGACUUAACAAAUUAUCGUCACUUUUCUGACAAAAUCCUGGAAGUAUUACAUCAGUUUACUCCGUUAGUUGAAAGAUUGGGUUUUGAUGAUAACUUUCUGGAUGCAACAUCCCUUGUACAGAAAUACAUGAAUCCUGGUAAUGAGUCUGACUUAAAUAUGAGUAUUUCCAUGGAAGAUGAAACUCCAAUUGGUGAAGUGUUUGGUUCAGUCGAAGAAGAAUGUCCAUGCGGUUGCCAUGCUAGACUGAUCAUUGCAACCAAAAUUGCUGCAGAAAUAAGACAACGGAUUCACAAAGAGUUACAUGUCACUUGCAGUGCAGGAAUAGCACAUAAUAAACUCCUAGCAAAGUUAGUAGGAUCGUUGCAUAAACCAAACCAGCAAACAUUGAUAUUUCCAUGCAACGCACCCGCGUUAUUGUCGUCGAUAGGAUCCGUGUCCAAAAUACCGGGCGUUGGCCAAAAGACUACGCAACUGUUGUUGUCUAAUAACAUAAAAACAGUGGAUGAUUUGCGUAAAACUCCUUUGGAAACUUUGGAAGGAAAGAUUGGUGUCGACCUUGCAAGAAAAUUGAAAGACAAUGCCGAAGGAGUUGAUGAAACCGUUGUGAAACCAACAGGAAAGAAACAGUCCAUAGGAUUGGAAGAUGGUUUUAAAAGCGUCUCUUUGGUAGCCGAAGUGGAAUCACGACUAGGAGUUCUUCUAAGAAGGUUGACAGAGUUGGCCAUGGAAGAUGGAAGGAUUCCAGUGGCUAUGAGAUUAACGGUCAGGAAACACGAUUUCAACAAACCAUCUUCCGGUAAAAGGGAAACUCGACAGUGUGCUUUACCGAAACAUCUGUUGCCGUCUUCGAAAUCUGGCAUUUACGACCACGCUAAAAUGUUGGCGCUAGCGAUGAAACUCUUUCAUCGCACCGUCGACGUUUCUAAGCCAUUCCAUUUAACUCUUUUGGGAGUUGCUUUCACGAAGUUCGAGGAGAGAUCUUCUGGAAAGAAUAGUAUUACGUCUUUUCUACGAAAACAGGUAGCCGUUCAAUCCGUCUUAGACAUAAGUUCAGAGGAAGGUGUAUCCGAUAUUAGUCUGGGAUCGCCGAUGAGUACAAAUCAAGAUAGUAACGAUGGUUCUGCAAUGAGCACCACCUCGUCCCCAAUCUCGAAACCUGUAGGUGCUAAUAAUCAGAGCGCGGACGAUGAUAUACUGAACGAAAUAGAACCUCUGCCGAAGAAGACCAGGCUGGAAGUGUGGUUAAGCGGGCGCAGAGAAUCUCCAAGCAACGAAAUGGCGGAUCUCAGACUGAGUCCUUCGUCACCCAUGCAGUUAUCGCCGAAAAUCGAUGCGGCCGUUCUUAAAUCCUUACCCAUUGACAUACAGAGAGAAGUGACACGUCCGUGGCCGACAACUAGUAAACCAAAACCGAAUAAUAUAUUGAAAUACUUCAUAGCCAAUAAGUGACGGAUUUACUGUGGCCUAGAAUUAUAAUACAGCCAUCUUUCUGUACACACUUCUACAGCUACAAUAUUGGAUGGCAGCACCAUGUGAUAUUAUGAAUUUAAGUUACUAAUACUUUUAAAUUAAUUCGCAAUUUCUGGGUAUUCAAACAUUUUCUGUAUACACAUAUUUUCUAUAUAGCAUUUAUAAUAUAUUAAACGAAUGUUGAUAAAAAGGAAAUUCAUCGUAUGAUUUUGGCCGCUUUAAUCAAUUGAUUCGUACGAAUGUAUACAAUUAUCGUCGCUAUUUAUUUAUUUUAACUAAUCAGAAAAUUGUUUAGAAUGAACGAAGUUACCUUGCAUUUAAAGUAAGACGAAAAUAAUCAAAUGAACGAUGUAAAUUGAGUGUUGACGAAAAGUAUUGUUCUUCUUUUCCUUUUUUUAAGUAUCAUCUUUCAUUAUAAGUCGACGAAGCAAAUUUUUAUGUAAGUUUCGCUUUUACCUUCCACAACGUGAAUGCAUAUAGGACCGGCACGAGGUGGUUUUAAAACGAUUCCCAAAACUUAAUCUCAAACUUUGUGGAGUUACAUGGCAUAGUGCGCUCUCGUUAUAUUGCCACGGAAAUUUUACAGCAGAAAAUUUAGUGUAGUUUACCAAAAGAUUUCACACUUGAAAUUUUAUAUAUUCUAUGAAAAUUUGUACACUUAGUUCUUACAUUUUAUACACAUUUUUGAAAUCCGUGAAAAUGGUGGCAAUAUAACGAGAGUCUACUGUCCCGUAUGUGUAUGGGUACUUAUAAACUUUAGAAGUGUUUUCCAUCUCCACAAACAUUGUCGCCGGUUCUAGAUGCAUACAAAGUCGAUCUUUGCAUUUUUCAAGUAAUUGUUCUGAUAAAUAGAAUGUAACAAUAAGCAUAGGGUAAUUCUACUUGUAAUUUAAGUAAUUUCACGUUAAGAUUUAACAUUUCCUUUUUCUACAAGUAUUUGAGCAGAAACGAAAUAAAAGUAUUUAUGUUCGAUCUACGCGCGGAAUUUUUGAAAAUGCGCGCGUACUUUGUAAGGGAAGUCCAUGGCGUUAAAUAGGGUGCUGGCAUUUGAUUUUGUGCUUACUCUGUUACAUUAUAAUUGUAUGAUUUAAAGUAUAACGAAAGAAGAGAAAAGGGAAAAAAUGUUUCUAUUUUUAGUACUAUCAAUGUUAUAUUUCUAUAUAUAUUGUAACGGGGCGUUGCGAAAGAUGCGCCGUGCAGAAAUACUCAAUCGCCCCUAUCGUACUAUUGGUGAGGAGAUCCGUUCGAAUGUAUAAGGCAUAGUUAUACGUACAUAUAUUAUUACAGUUAUCCAGAAUAUUAGACAAUCAUGAAGUUCUAUCGGUUUGGUAUGGUACAAGGUGGUUAAUUAUAAUACGCGAUUGAUUAAAAAUAAAAGAAAAAUAAUAAAAUAAGCCAGCGAUCCAAGCUGUUCAGAUGGUUAUUGUAACACCUUUAAUUUCGUACGAUUUACUUAAAAAAAUAUAAAAAAUGAAAAAUAUGCCUGCGUUGAAGCAUGACCGAGGGCAAGUGAUACUGACACAGUAGCUUUUGUAAACUGAAUACUUACAUAUAAGGGUACGGACGAUUUAUAUAUAUAUAUACACACACACAUACUUACACGGAGCGUUAAAAAAAAAACACAGAAAUUAUAUACACGAUAUAAAAGAGAUUACUUACGGCCGAGCUUCUGUUUUUCUUUUUCCUACGUUUUAUUUAUUUACUUGUAUGCACGGGAGAAAUGGUACUUCUCUAACUAUUCAUUUCUGGUUGUGAGAGUUGAUAAAAAUAUUUUAUACGUACACAACACGGGAAAUAUGAACUGUUGCGAUACAUGUAGUGCUCUUGUUCUGAUUAAUUCGAAUAACGCGCAAUAGUUCACACUUCUCAGAUAAUUGCAUUGAUACUGGAAUCGAGAAAAGAAGCGAUGAAAUUGCCUUUUACACGAGCUACAUCCACGGUUCAUAUUACCCGAUUUUAUUCAAAUAAAGGAAGUUCAAGUUA